AUGUCCGGGCUUGUGGUUCGUGGGGGCAUGUCGAAUGACUCCUACUCGCCAGUCAAUCAGACCAGCCUCAAAUCUUUUGGCCCUGUUACUUCCGCCGGCUUCGACUUCACGCCACUUUUUGAAGACACGAUCCUCUCGUUGCUGCCGUCGGCACUUCUCUUGCUAUGCCUGCCAUAUCGCGUAAUAAGCCUCUAUACCCAACGGCCAAAAGUGUCUCCCGGGGGCUUUGUGCGCGAAAGCAAAUUAAUUUUCUUGGUCAUGUUUGCCGCAAUCCACCUGUCGUUGCUGAUUCUACAUAUUCUGAACUCAUCGCUACGCACGAUUGCUACGAUUCCCGCGUCGGCACUGGCAUUCCUUGCCAGUCUGGGUCUCUGUCUGCUUUCGCGGCUUGAGCAUUCUCGUUCUAUUCGUCCAUCACCCAUCAUCAAUGGCUAUAUCCUUCUCACUUUGGUCUUUGAUAUUGCUCGCACGCGAACAAUGUUCCAUGAUACAAACAGCAGAUUCAUCGCUGGAAUAUUUUCCAGCAUGAUUGGCGUAAAGGUGAUGGUUCUACUUGCCGAAGCAGUCGAAAAGCGCCAUAUUCUCUUGGAGCCAUAUCGUGACUUAUCGCCAGAAGAAACAAGCGGCAUUUACAGCAGAUCGUUCUUCUUCUGGCUGAAUCAACUCAUGACAUCUGGAUUCCACCGUGUUCUUCAAAACGACGACUUGUACCCGAUCGAUAGUGAUAUGUCUUCCCUGGCACUCCAACAGCGAAUGAAGAAUGCGUGGAGUGCCGCGACACACAACAAACGAAGAGCUCUUUUCUGGGCAGUGUUACGCGCAAAUUUGAGGCCACUAUCUUAUUGCGUCAUCCCACGUCUUUUACAGAUCGGCUUUAAAUAUACGCAGCCUUUCCUGCUCGCGCGGACGAUUUCGUUCGCAAAUGAUGAGUCCCAGCCAGAUAGCAUUGGUUGGGGUCUCACGGGUGCAUUUUUCAUAGUUCUUCUUGGUAUCGCAGUCUCAAAUGGCGUUUCCUACCAUAUGGCAUUUCGCUUCGUGACGAGCACCCGUGGCAAUUUGGUCAGCCUUAUCUACUCCAAAACGGUCGACCUCAGCGUCACGGCACUUAAUGAGUCAGUUGCGGUGACUCUGAUGUCCAGUGAUGUCCAAACCAUAUGUGACGGCUUCGAGUUGAUCAAUGAUCUCUGGGGAGUACCUAUUGAACUAGCCAUUGCCCUUUAUCUAUUGACUCGCCAACUUGGCAUUGCGACGCUCGUCCCAGCCAUUCUCUCAUUGGUAUCUACUGUUUCUAUCAUGUCCAUGGCAAAGUUCAUGGGGCACGCCCAGAAAAUAUGGAUGGAGGGCAUCCAGACACGAGUUGAUGUUACGGCAUCCAUGUUAGGGUCUAUGAAGUCCGUGAAAAUGCUCGGCUUCACUGACUGGCUCGCGGGCAUUGUCCAAGGGCUCAGAGUAAAGGAGCUUAAGGAGGCAGAGCUCUUCCGGAAGUUGCUUAUCCUGCGUGUCUUCCUUGCAAACAUCCUCAGUACUCUGGCUCCAUUUGUGACAUUUGCUAUCUUCGCAACUAUCUCAGGGAGAGGGCAUUCUCUAAAUGUGAAUUCGGCUUACACAACCUUAUCGCUUAUUUCGCUGCUUGCUUUACCGGUUAACAACUUUAUCCGAGCCAUCCCUGCUAUGAACACCGCUUUGGCGUCUCUCAACCGCAUUCAGGAAUUUCUACAGUCAGAGGCCAGACGCGAUCAUCGCAUCUUUCUGGAAGAUUCUCCAGCCUCAACACAACAGAGUCGGUCAAGCUCGGAAGGAACAGAGCUAUCCAAUCUCAAUCCCUUGAGACACAAGUCAUUAUCGGAAGUCAUUGUCGCCCGCGAUGUGAGCUUCGCAUGGAGCCAUCAUGCAAUUUUCUCGGUCCACGAUAUCAAUUUGAGUAUUCAGAAAGGUCAAUUUUGUCUCAUAAUUGGUCCUACGGGCUGUGGCAAAAGCACCCUCAUGAAAGGGAUUCUAGGUGAAACACCAUCAACAAAAGGCUUUCUGUACACAAAAUGCCGAGAGACAGCAUUCGUGGAUCAGACACCUUGGAUCCGCAACACGUCAUUCAGGGAUAAUGUUUUGGGUAUCUCAAAUUACAGCAAAGCAUGGUAUGACGAGGUCGUUAGCGCUUGUGGCUUGGAUCAAGAUGUUGCAAAUCUCCCAAAUGGCCAUUCGACCAAAGUUGGUUCCUCUGGAAUUUCUCUGUCGGGAGGACAAAAGCAGCGGCUGGCCCUGGCUCGCGCUGUCUAUGCCCGCAAAGAUGUUGUCAUGCUGGAUGAUAUUUUUUCGGGCCUUGACGCCGACACUGAAGAGCAUGUCUUCAAAUGCCUUUUUGCGAGAGGGGGAUUGUUUCGCCGACUGGGCACGAUUGUGCUACUAGCUACACAUGCCGUGCACAGACUCUCUUAUGCGGAUCAUAUCGUCGCCAUGGGAAGCGAUGGCUCCGUUGUUGAGCAAGGCACCUUGGAGGAGCUCAAGGCUGGCGGUGGCUACGUCACACUCUUGAAAGCACAGUAUAAAGACCAAGCCAGUGACGAAAUAAACCCCCAACAGCAAAGGGAUACGAAAGUCGCACUCGCUGACUCUGACCAAGGAAACGGCAUUGACACCGUGGAAGAAGAUUUGGCCAGGCAAAAUGGGGAUUUUGCUCUCUACUUAUAUUACUUUGGUUCUGUGCACUGGGCAUCCAGUGCUUUUUGGAUGACUCUCUUUUCACUUCAAGGAGUGUCAUCAAAGUUGAGCGAAUUACUCGUCAACAUAUGGGUGAGCUCUUUGGAAAAGAAUGGCAAUGCUGUCAACUCCUUCUACCUAGGACUCUACGCCUUGCUGUCCAUCAUAACGACCAUCACGCUUGUGGGCGGAGCCUAUCAUUACUUCUUGUAUUUUUCACCUCGAAGUGCUGAAAGCCUGCACGAGCGUCUUCUCAAAUCGGUUAUGCAUGCGCCCUUGUCAUUUUUUACUUCGGUUGAUACUGGCACUACUACGAACAGGUUCAGCCAAGAUAUGACCUUGAUUGAUCAUGAUUUGCCAUACUCUGUAAUCGACCUUGUACUUUCGCUUUCGAGCGGAUUCAUGUCUGCAAUUCUGAUGUGUAUAUCGGCGCGAUAUUUCGCCGCUGUCAUGCCGCCUGUCUUCCUUUUUAUGUGGAUGUUGCAGAAAUUUUACCUGCGUACAUCACGCCAAAUGCGACUGCUUGACCUCGAGGCCAAGUCACCGCUGUUUUCUCAAUUUAUUGAGAGCCUUUCGGGCCUAGUGACAAUCCGUGCCUUCGGCUGGGCGUCUGAGUUCGAAGACCAGAAUCUGGCGCUACUUGACGCAUCGCAGAAACCAUUUUAUUUGCUUUUCUGUAUUCAACGAUGGCUCGAACUAGCACUGGAUUUGUCUGUGGCUGGUCUCGGUGCUAUCCUGAUGGUCCUCAUUGUCAAGUUGCGAAGCGAGGUUGGCGCGGGAUAUGUCGGUCUCGCCAUUCUCAACGUCAUCACAUUUAGCCAGUCGCUUUCGCAAAUACUUCGCAACUGGGCCAAUUUAGAGACUUCCAUUGGUGCUAUCGCUCGUAUUAGAGACUUUGUCACCCAUACCGCCUCUGAAAACAAACCAGACGAAAACGAGGGUCGCAAAGCGACAGAUCUUGGGUUGUCCUCCUGGCCAUCUAAGGGUGCAAUCGAGUUUCAGAACGUCUAUGCAUCUUACAAGGCAGGCGGCGAUCAGGCGCACGUCCUCCGCAACUUGAGCCUGUCUGUUCAGCCCGGUCAGAAAAUCGGAAUCUGCGGCCGCAGUGGCAGUGGCAAAAGCUCGCUUCUGGCUACCCUGUUCCGAAUGCUGGAAGUUGAGUCACAGAGUCGCAUUAUGAUUGACGGCGUGGAUAUCACACACAUCCCGCGUCAAAUUACCCGUGCAGCUCUUAACGCCAUUCCACAAGAACCCUUUUUCACGCACGGUACUGUGAGUGCCAAUAUAGACCCUUCUGGUACGAACAUUCCCGAAGAAAUGGAGCAGGCUCUUCGUCGUGUUGAGCUGUGGGACGUUGUUGAGGCCAAAGGCGGAUUGAUCGCGGCUCUGGAUGCCGAAUUUUUCUCUCACGGUCAAAGACAACUCUUUUGUCUUGCCCGAGCCCUGUUGCGCAAAAGUAAGAUCGUGGUGCUUGAUGAAGUGACCAGCAAUGUGGAUGUUGUUUCCGACGCAUUGAUGCAACGGGUUAUUCGUGAAGAGUUUGAAGACUGCACGAUCUUGGCCGUUGCUCAUCGGCUCGAUACAAUCAUUGAUUUUGACCGCAUAGCAGUCAUGCAGGAUGGCGAGUUAAUUGAGUUUGAUACGCCAGAGGCACUUCUCAAAACAGAUAGUGCGUUCAAGGAGCUUUACGAAUCAUGA